AUAUUAGUCACCGGAGAAAAGGAUGGUCAACCGAUUGGAAUGCCGACUGCAGUGCCAAAUUAUUACGUGGCACCAUGGGGCAUGGAAAAGAUUGUAAUGUACUUCAAGGAAAGAUACAACAAUAUGCCCAUGUACAUCACAGAAAAUGGGUAUGCACAAGAUGAUAAAAAUGGUGUUUCGAAGAAAGAGUUGCUCAAUGACAUGGAGAGAGUAGAAUACAUGCGCAGCUAUGUGACUUCCCUAGCCAUAUCCAUGAGGAAAGGAGCUGAUGUAAGAGGCUACUUCGUUUGGUCUCUAAUCGACAAUUUUGAAUGGUUGUAUGGGUAUACACUACGGUUCGGACUUUAUCAUGUGGAUUAUGAUACAUUGGAGAGGACUCCUAAACUAUCCGCCGAUUGGUACAAACAAUUCCUCAACAACCCGAGAUGCUAAAACAGAUGGAUGGUGGUGAUUCAAGAUCAUGGCGUAUAUCGUCCUAGUCUCUACGCAAAUGUUUGUGACGUAUAAAUGAUAUUUUAUUUAUGUUGUGUAAAAUAAUAGUUUGGUAGUGUUUCAAUUAAUUAGUGCAUGAUAAUCCAUUGUAUUAUGUUGCAUUCAAUGGAUAAAUGUACGCUCUAUAUUUAAUUCA